UGUGCACUCAGCCAAAAUUAAUAUUUACGCCCAAAUAAACAUCAAAUUUGCCGUAGAAAAUUAAACAAAAAUAAAUAACCAAAACACAACAAAUUAAAGCUGUGCGUACAGAAAAAUACGAUUUUCAUAAUACGGGCAGACAGACGGACGGACGGACAGACUGAGGCGCAUCCUCGGUUGUCCCUGAGUGCUGCUGCACUCUCGUGUGAAAACAAAAAAAUAAGCGCACAAUUUGCGUAUAAACCCAACUGCGUAGUAGCCAAUGCAAAAAAAGAAAGAAAACAAAUACAAAUACAAAUACAAAGUGUACUCUCGACUCUCGGCCUAAAAGCGUUAAAUAAUUUAAAGCCAGGCAAGUUCGCCAUGCCCAACGGUAAUUGUUAAGCAGCAGCAGCAGCAACAGCAGCAGCAGCAACUGCAACUGCAACAACACAACUGAAAACCAGCGAAAUUACGUACAAGAGCACCGGAGAAUAGGAGAACCACAGGGAUACGGCCAACGCUCUUAAAUAAUUUAAGACAAUCCCCAGAAAAUGUGCGAUUUACUGGCCUAGGAGAAGAUAACUGAGAGUCGUGCAACGAAUCAUAAAAAUCAUGUCGAAUCUGCUUCACAUGGACAAAUCGAAUGGCAAUGGGGUGUAUGCAACAGACAAUGUGGCAGCGACAACAGCAACAACAACCGCUAUGAAUACGGCAAAUAAUAUAACCAUAAUGAACGGCGCUGCGGCUGUGGCAGCUGCCGCCGCAGCAGCUGCAACAUUGCCAACAUCCGCCUCCAGCGAAGAUCUCAGCCAGAGCCUGUCCGAGUAUACAGAUGCCGAUGAGAGCAUAUCAGCACCCACUGAAUUUCUCGCCGAGUUUCUGUCGGCUGUCAUGCUCAAGGACUACAAGAAGGCUUUGAAAUACUGCAAGUUGAUCCUGCAAUAUGAGCCAAAUAAUGGAACGGCCAAAGAGUUCUAUCCACUCAUUCUGGACAAGUUGCGCGCUGUAAGUGACAGCGAUGAGAACUACAAUAAAUCCUCGUCACCGGAGCUGGCAUUGGAUUUGGAGGCGCCUUGCGAGGAUAGCGUUAGCAGCCACAGCAGUCGCAACAAUUGUUCCGAUGAUGAAGAUGUCGACGAGGAAGAAAAUGAUGAUGUUGAUGAUGAGGAUGACAUUGAUGACGAAGAUGACAUCGAUAACGUGGAUGUUGGGGACGAGGAGGAGAGCAGCAGCAGCAACGAUGACUACGAUCUGCCCAUUGAUGAACCACAGGAUGCGGCUGCUGUCGACUGCCUGGCAGUCCAUAGCACCUCCCAUUCCCAUUCGCAUUCCCACAACGAUUCGGGUUCGUCACGCAACUCCUCGAGCGGAGGCGGUGGUCGCAGCGACAAUACCACACACUCCUAUUCCAGCCUCCUGCUGGAGGAAGAGGACGACAUUGUGCCCAUCAAUCUGCCAUUUGGCAACAGGGAGUCAACCAGUGCAACAGAUCUCGAUAUUAGCAAUGGCAACAAGGUGGCAUCGGCUUCAUGCAGCGAUUCGGAGUCACCAACAGAGCCGCUCACCCAAAGAUUGGCGGCAAUUUUGCGCUCCAAAUGCGGCGUCUCAGCCAGCAAUGAUGAGGCCUAUUAAAACACUGGCUUAGACAACAAUUUAUAUACAACAUAUACCAUAUAUAUAUAUAUAUAUAUAUAUAUAUAUAUAUACUAUAACAACUAUAUUCUUGUACUUAUACUCGAGAUAAAUUUUUACACACUUUCUUUGCCCAACUAAGUAACAAGUUUUCCACUAGUGCAUUCGUCGCUUAACAAACCUAGAAACCGUCCCUAACAGCAUACAAGUACUACUAUAUAUAUAUAUAUAUAUAUACCUCUCUAUAUAUAUAUGUAUUUCCGAUUACAAUACAUACACAGCUGCAAGUUUUCGUUUUUCAAAACAGAAAUUCCCUAGACAAACAACAUAUCGUACAAACAUAAUAAGUAUACUUAUAUAUAGUAGUCGUAUUUGUAUUGUGUAUGUGUAAAAAUAUGAAAAUAAUAAAUAAAAAAUGUAAUCUAGAUACUAUAACAUUUAUGCUCCAUUUGUUACAGAGCCCCCAAUAAUAUUAAAUAUACAUAUAUAUUUAUAUAUGUAUAAAUAACAGAAACAGAAUCUAUUUUAGUAAGACACACUCAUAUGCAAACAAAGCGCACAGGACUUGGGAAAACAUAUUGUUGGAUAACUUUACACGUUAGCAUUUUAUAGAUGGCGACUUUUUUUCCAUACAGUUUAUAACACACAUAUAUGUAGUAUGUAUGUAGUAUUAAUUUAGUAAACGGAAUGCUCGGAUAAGUCUGAUUAAAAUGGUAUGGGGCAAGCACAUAAGUAGUCAUAUGUACUACAACUGAAUUGGUCCAAAGUCGUAAAACUAUAUAUACAUAUAUAUAUAUAUAUAUGAGAACACAAAUACAUCAUUUUUAUUUUGGAAUAAUAAUGAAGCUUACAGAUUUUUGAGAUUGUUUCGAUUGAUUUGUUCAGUAUACGUAAAUAUAUACAUAUUAUCAGAUAAGUUAAUCGAUAUACGCAACAAAUACAUAUAUGAGUAUUUAA